AGAUACUACCGACACGACAACAAGUGAAGACGCGAGAAAACAAUUCCACACGAGGAUGAUUUCAAAAAUCAAAACCUGGAGCCGCUCGCCGCUGAUUCCGGCCAGAGAUCACGGGUCAGCGAUCCUUCCGCCGGCAGAUCGGCCGGAACCCAUUCCGGAGCUGUGCGAGGAGAAGCCAGUGAUGGGGUGGCUGCUCGGCUGGGAGUACGGAAGGAAGUGGCUGGAAAGGCGCGAGGAAAUCCAGAGACACCGGAACAUGGUAAGCAAGUUCGGCAGGAUUCCGCCGGAUUUCAGCUGGUGGCUCAACCAGCGGAGACCGCUCUUUGUGCGCCAACAGCGAUACCGGACCAAGGCCGGACCUCGUCCCCGGAAACAGAUCACAGCUUUCGAAGAAUCCAAGAAGAGGCGUGAGGCCCAAAACCGCAAACUCAUGGAAAGUCAGCCCAAAACUCAGUAGAGUGCCCAAAGUUAGUUUUGUGGC